CACCGUGCUGCCUGGAGACUUAUGGCAGUAGACUGUAUUCCUUCCAAGAUGGAGCUCACCCAAUGUUUACCGUUGUGAAAGUGUUGCUUAUUGUGGGAUUUAUUCCUAAAACAACUCAUUCAUGCCAAAUAUUUUUUUGUUUUACUGAUUCUAGCAUAUGUACGUGCAUCCAUUCACCUAGAGCUGGCACUAUUCCCCCGUGCAGUGUAUUGUGAAUAGAUUUAAAAAACAUUCUUAUAACGGAGUGUAGGCGUAUCUCUCUGUGUGCGUGACAGUCUAAUUACCUGCUGGCAUUUACCUGCGAUAAAAAGAUAGCCAAGUGGAUUACUAUCUAGUAUAUGUACAUAUAUAAUAAAGAUUCAUUCUAUUCGGAUUAAGUGUGAGGACUAUCUACCUGGAUCUAGGGAGCACACGUCCAGGAGACAGUGGAUAAAACAAUGUCAGCAGUGUGAAUCAAAGAGGAGGAAAUCAGGACCAUCUUCUGUUGUAGUCAGUGAAUGAGUAGCCGAUUGUUAACCGGCCUCAUUGGGAUGUAAAUAGAACAGAAUAAAAUGUAGAAUGGAGGUUUUAAUAGCAUUAUAUCUGAUGUUUUCCCCAGACGGUGGAACAUUUUCUUCACUUUAACCAGGAGGAGCCGCUGAAUGGUCCUAGGGCCAAGUCUCUACACACAGAUAGCAUACUUGUCCACUUCAGUUCAUUAGUGCUGAAUUUGUGUUGACGAGGAGGGGCCCAACUACCAAACUACCUCGGCGGACCCCCCACUCUAAACGGAGACUAUGGAUUAUUGUUAUUCACUAUUUCACUGAGGAAGUGAGACGUGAGUGCUAUUGUAGUGAGAUACGUCACUUAAAAGACUUGGACUUACUUCCGUUUGUGUUUGCUAAUUUCUAGAAGUUCAGUUAUUUCUUAUGUAAAAAAUAUUUUGAACACAUCGGAUUUAUAGACCUGUGCAUAUAUGUCAGUGAUUGUGUUGAUUCUUACAUUGCUGGAUUACUGUCUCAAUACAGACUGCUAUAGGUCAGUGUAUUCUUGAAAUAUCUAAAUUCGUUUCUGUAUUGGACUUAAUGUUCUGACACCAGUUCCGAGAGAUUCAAUAGCUCGGGUGUGUGUGGAAUGUGUUUAUCGGCUUCUGAUUUAUUGGAUUAUCUUCUUGUCGCGCACUGAAGAGCGGCGUGUCACGAGACCACCAUGAGCGCCAGAGGGGAUAGUUUCUGGAUUUCACGCGCCCUGCUGGUCGUGCUGGUGUCUGUCGCUGUGUCCAGAGGCGACUAUCCAUUCGGUAGCAGUGACCCAUUGACUCAAGGACUUCCGGAAUGGGAGCAGCAACCAGAACCCAAUUAUUACGUCGUCAAGAACCAGCCGGUGACAAUUACCUGUCGAGCGACACCUGCGAUUCAGAUUACCUUUAAAUGUGUUGGCCAUCAAAUACCCAACAAGAACAUCGUCAACAAAGAAAAAAUUGACCCCCGGACCCGGCGCAAGACCUUGGAGUCCAGUAUCGAGGUGACGCGUGAGGAGAGAGAUGAGUAUUAUGGCACUGACGGCUACUGGUGCGAGUGCACCGCCUGGAAUAAUGUCCAGGGAACUGACCAGCCCCAGAGUAUCAAGAGUACCAGGGGAGUCGUCGAAACAGCGUUUCUGAGAAAAAGAUUCGAACGGGUUCCUAACGCAAAGAGAGUAGAAGAGGGCGCAUCGGUGGAGCUUGCAUGUCUACCUCCUGAGGGAAAACCGCUCCCUACGGUCUUCUGGCUGAAAGACAACGUGGAAAUCAACGUCAUCGUGGACAUCAACUACAUCAUCACCAGUGAGGGCCACCUCAUCAUCAACCAGGCCAGGAAGACCGACUCGGGGAACUACACUUGCGGGGCAGAGAACAUCGCCCAGAGGCGGACCAGCUCUUCUGCUUUGCUGACUGUGUUUGUCAAUGGAGGCUGGUCAGAAUGGACCGAGUGGUCAGACUGUUCGGCUACCUGUGGGAAAGGCAAACAAAGGCGCUCAAGGUCCUGCACCAACCCUGCCCCAUACAACACUGGUCUGCCCUGUGAGGGAGAGCAACAGCAGUCAGUCACGUGCAGUAAUCCUUGCCCUGACAAAAAAUUAUCACCAUCAACCUUAAGUCCAGUCGAUGACCUGGACCCAACGGAGUUUUCGCACACGGAAACGUCCAGUCAUGAGUUUCCUAACACUGCUGACCCAGUUUAUUCCAAGAGUGAUCAAGCCACAGCAGCAGCAGAUAAAGACAACAAUGUGUCUCUGUACAUUGGCCUGUGUGUCUCUGUGGCCGUGGUCCUCAUCGUCGUCAUUGUUGUGGUCAUCGUCUGCCGGAAACACAACAGAAGACGUAAUGCCUUCAGGGACAUGGGUCCAGAUGCGACACAGUCUUUGACAGAGGAGGAAAAGAAACAUAAAAAUGGAGAUAUGAUGUCAGUUCCUCCUGAUCUGACGCAGACUGUGGUUGUCACUGUCCAACACAACCACCAUCACAACCACAGCAACCAGACUUACAACCACAGCCAAGGCUCCGACGAGUCUCCAAACAACAACCACAACUCCAUGGACAAAAUUCCCAACUACGGUGGACCCGACACACCGUUCCUGCAUGACAGUUCUCCUUCGUACAGCGUUCCUGAGCUGCCCAACAUCUAUCCUCAGUCAGGGAUGGACAUGGGCCAGUACAGCGUUCCGGACGCCCAGUAUAUUACCUCGGGGCGGCCGUACUCCCCCAUCAGCCAGCUCCAGUACCAGCCGCAGAACUCGUCCCCCAGCUUUGCCAGCUCGGGGCCCUCUCCCUACUCCUCGACGCCGACCCCGCAGUUCUUUGCAGACAAGAGCGGGGUCGUGGCACAGAGACAUUCUGGUGGUGUGAGUCAGACCCCCAUGAGCCAAGUGGCUCUGACUAAGACUCUGAUGGUGGAGCCUACGAUCAAUCAUAACCUAAACACCUCGAUAGACAAAAUGGUUAUGAAAGACAAUAAGAUUGGCUUGGCUCCCCCGGCAUGUGACAGCCGCCCCUUGUCACAGUGUGACAGCCUUCAAGAUAGUCGACAGUCUGUCAUCUCUGUACAGUUGCCCGGUAACGUGGACACCGAAGCGGUCACUUGGAGUACUUUUACUCACACAGGUGGACGACUUGUGCUACCAGAGUCAGGUGUCAUGCUAACAGUACCAGAAGGUGCCAUUAAGAAAGGAAAUGUGGAAGAAUUGUACAUGGCAGUGUGUCGGGAUGAUAAAGACAGACCUCGAUUGACUGAGCAUCAAACAAUUCUAAGUCCAGUGAUACUGGUUGGUCCUCCCAGUGUCCAGCUUCUAAAACCUGUGAUCCUGUCCUUUCAGCAUUGUGCUAACAUGAGACAAGGGGGGUGGGUGCUCUCUGUCUACAAAAGUGAAUCCCCCAUUGAUGAGCCCCCCUACUGGAGAAGAGUUGUGGUCCUUGGACAUGAGACUAUCAACUCACCAAUCUACACACAGCUUGACCCUAAUCAAUGUCAUGUCAUGACAGAGUUCUUAAACCGGUACACACUGAUUGGGGAGUCUGUGCCUGGAGGAAGAGCCCUAAAAAUCUACAGGCUGGCUGCAUUUGCACCAGCUAUGCCACCCUCAAUGGAUUAUAGCAUCCGGGUAUACGUUGUUGAGGAUACAAUAGAUGCCUUAGAUGGUGUCAUACAAGUGGAGAGAAAACUGGGUGGGAAACUUUUAGAUAAACCAAAACAAAUUCCAUUCCAAGAUGGUGGUAAUAAUUUGUGCCUGACUAUUGAAGAGCUCUCUACUGGAUGGAGGAGUAAACUUGCUGCCAACUACCAGGAGAUUCCCUUCCGUCACAUCUGGAGUGGUAAUCAAAACAAUCUACACUGUUCCUUUAGUCUAGAACUACAAGACAGGGCAGUGGCCAAAAUUGCCUGCAAGAUCCAAGUUUAUCAGAAAGCCAUCCUAAGCAACAGACAGACUCUCAUUAUUAACUGCAAUAUAAAAGAUAAUGCCCCAACAUGUCCUGGAUCUAGCAAUACACUGAAACAGAGGACGUCCACAGUAAAUACAGCCUCCUCCACAGCUAGCUCAGGAUUCCACUCGAUGGUGACACUUGACCCCUCGGCCCAGGUGUUCAGGUUAGUGUCUCAGUUACCCUCUCACAUCAAGGCUCAGUUGUGUAUGCUGCUGGACCCACCGAAUGCCAGGGGAAAUGAUUGGAGAAUGUUGGCCCAGGCUCUUACAGUGGACAGGUAUAUCAACUAUUUCGCCACCAAGUCCUCACCCACAGAGCACAUUCUUGAUCUCUGGGAAGCCAGACACAGGGAAGACACAGCAGUCACAGACUUGAUGAACAUCCUAAGGGUCAUGGGAAGAAUGGAUGCUGCUGCAGUUUUAGAAAAGGACAAUGGGAGCUGGUUAUGAUGUGUUGACAGAAACAUGAAACUUUUACACUUGAAACCCUGAUGGGGAUGUCCAAUAUUUUGUUCAUUCUCCUUGUUCAGCAUCAUCACAGCUUGUGAAUGAACUCAGUGCUGGACCACUCAUGGUCUAAGGACAUCUACUUUUUGUGUAUUUAUGGUUCUAUUUACUAAAUAACCUUAUAAAACUGUAUAAGCCACUGUUCUCUACAGAGAACAUUAUUCAGACAAAGAUUUAUUUCAAAAGUAACUGUGAAUACAAGUCUGGAAUAUGUUCGAGAAAUCAAACAAAUUUUCUUCUCAUCUUAUGGACUAUUUCGAGGUGUUCACUUUAUAGAAUGAUCAUCAUCAUUCACACAGGGGCUGCAACCCCUUUCAAACCAAAGAUUUAGAAAUGCAUUUAGUAAUGCUACAGAAAGGAAGAGUCUAAUGUGGUGUACAGACUAAACUAUGGACCAGACAAAAAACAAUGCUACUAUUAUUAUGUCUGUGUGUACAAAAACAAACUUAUCAAGAUAAAAAAAAAAAAAAAAAAAAAGAAGAAAUAUUUUGAAAGGCAAAACAUGGAAUCUAUUUCACAGUUUUUUUUUGCUUUUCAAAAAUGCAUAAAAACUUUAACACCAAUAUGUAAGAAAGAAAUUUGAUAAAGGCUUAUCUUCACAUACAUUUUGUAUGUAAACAGUUUAUUUGAGAAACUACAUAGAACAAUUGUUUUGUAGAGUUUAUGUCCUAGUUUGUUUAUUCAAACUCCACAAACAGCCUUAAUGAUCACAAUAUUUACAGUCAUCUAAAUCCUUUAUUCAUUUUAUUUGAGCUUAUUUUGUUAAUUUAUUUAUCACUUCAUCUUUAAAUAAUUUUUUUUUUAAAUUUCAGAAGUAUGUCAACAUUUUGUGUGAAUCUGGCACAAAAACAAAACAUUUUACAAAAAAAUAAACACAUGUACACAUAUACACAUGUAUAUUUUCUAACUCAUUUCUCAAUGUGCAAAUAGCCAAAAAAAAAUCAAAUAAAUAAAUUAUCUAGUAAAUGUUUCUUCAGUAAAUGUCUUACAUUUCAUUUUUAAUAAAGUUUUGAAGAGUUUUAAAAUUUCAUUCAUUCAAAUACUUUGUUGUUGAUUGAAGGCCAUUUCUCUUAGGGUUACCAGACACCUGCAUCUCUAAGCAGGUCUGAAACUUUCAAAAUCAAAGACAAAGUAAACUUUAAACAUUAGACUUACAGUUUGAUUUAAAGCCAGUUGCCCAAUCAUAGUGACAAUGGUAUCAUAUUUCUCAAAGGUAUGUUUUCUUUGAGAGAAGAAUACCUAUCACUGAAUCAAUGGAGAGCCUAUUUAUUCCUUUUGUCCACUAUGUAAUGACUGUGCAUCGAUCAUUGAAAAGUCAUCACUGUUCGUAAAGUAUUUAGAUCUUCAUGUUGUGAAAAAACGUAUCAUCUUUCUGUACAGUAAAUGUAGUUGCAGUGGUCAUACAGCUGAACAUUAUUAACACCAUGCCUUCAGGUAUAUUAAGCAUGACUAUACAUCAGUUAUAACUAAGUAUGGAUCUUUAAACCAGAAGAGAGGAAGUAUUGAAUUAGAGUGUUGGAUUAUAUAUGCCAGUGCAGUUCACAAAAGCAGGACAUUUUCACAUUCUCAUUCUAUGCGUGUGUGGAUGGACGACUCCUUAAAAAACUAGACAAGUCUUCUUUUUGAUGGAUGUCUGGUAACCCUAAUUUGCAUAAAAAGUUCUUUAUAUAUUUUAAAAAAGUAUUUUCAUAGUUGUGGAAGUCUUGUGGCAUGGGUGCAAACUGGAUUCAGAAACAUCUGUGUGCCAUACUGUAUGAUUCUAGGAGUAAAACUGGUGCACAUGUACUUUGCUUUAACCUGUUCCAUAUCUAAGUUAUUGUAAUUAUGUUUUGAACUUGUGUGAACUGGUUGGAUAAGCCCCACACCGAACUCUGAACUCUACUGUACUCAAGUGGUGCUGUGAUCUUUAUUAAACAUAUGUUUUUUAUUUACUUUCUAGUACAUUUAUGUGGACUGGUUCUGUCCUUUAAUAAUGUUUAACUAAUUGUGUCCCUCAUUUAUGUUAUUGUCUGUUGUUAAUUUAAAAAAAACAAACUAAAUCAAUCAACUUUGAACUUACAACUUCAACCUUAUUGAACUGAUGUUGUAGGGUCAUUUGCAAAUUAUAAAACCUGCAUUUUUUAAAAUUUAAAUUCUAUGCUUGAAAAUAUUGUUGUAGCUGUAGUUAGUGAAUUAUUGAUACUUGGAAACAUCAAGGAUGACAAUUUAAGUUUCAAAAUAUUCAGCCUUUAUACAUAAUCAUCCUUAAAAUAUACAAUGGUCUGUGCUUUUGUGUGCUAGUUGGUAGUCUGUUAUUCUUCAUCACAUUGAAAAUCACAAAUAAUAUAUAAUAUUGACAUAUUUGUGUAUUUUAUUGGUGAACACUAGUUAGGUCUCUUGUAGUUGGCUUUAGAGUUAUGUCCCUUGUAGUGCUUUGUUUUAGAGACUGGAAAAUAAUACUUUCCAUGUUGUCAACCUGUUAAAAAGUUGAACUAUUAUCUUAGUAAAUGAAACAAAUAGGCCUACACAAGGGAAAAACAAAUGUUAUGUAAAUAUGAAUGUUGUUUUUAUUAACUCUAAAUGCUGUAUGAAUGUAAAUCUGUGUGUAUGUGUUUGCCAGUAUGCUGAGUUUGUUGAACUUCUCUUUGACUCUAGGCUAAGGGAAAUGUAGACAAUUUCUAUUUUGAUUCCAAGUCUUGACUUGUAUGAUUCCUUGACCCAUGUGCACUUGUAACAGGACAUGAUGUAACAGUAACCUAUUUCUGAAUUCUCCCAUGGGAAUAAGAUAAGAUAACCUCACAUUUUUUAGGAAAGUAGCACAUUCUGCUGCACAAGACCCUAAAUAUACAUAAUUUUUUGUCUUUUAAAAAAAAUUGUGAUGUGAAUAUUAAAAUGCUCCAGCAUUACAUCUGCUGAAAAAAUUAUAUAUAGGAUAAUUGUGUUAGUAUGAAAAACUUGUGUGUAAGUAGUAUGGUCAACUGUUGCUUGUGACUUUAUUAAAGAAAUGUCUGCAAGUCUGUUGGACACAUAUUGUGUUCAUGUCUCUUCUAAAUGAAUGUCCAACAAAUAUAUUCUCUGCUUAUUUCUUUUCUGUUUUGAUCUUUUGGAAUGGCCCAAUUUCUACCAAUAUUUCUGAUGUGAUUCUGACUAGCAUUACAAUGUUCAUAUUCACUGUUACAUGAUAUUACAUAUCUGUUGACAAAAUUAUUUAUCAUUUAUCUUUUCAAUAGACUAGCUUUAUUUUGAUAUUAAAUGAAGUCAACCAUAGCUUUAGGUGUUAAAUAUAAAUAUCUUUAAUAUGCAUACAAAAUUGGUUUUAAAUUAAAGGUCAACAAACUUGUAGUUUGUACUGAUUAGUGUUUCUGUGCGUCAUAGAUUGCUAUGAUUGUGCCUUCCAACUAAUAAUCUUAAUCCAUCCCCAUUACAAUGUAUCAACCUACAAGCUCUCAAUGUUACGGGCAUGGGACAGUACAAGGGCCAGCUAAUCCAUUUAAAGUACAUGGGACCUUGGUGUACUUUGAUAUAUGAAAACACUACAUUAGGCUGAUCAAAUAAAAUAGCAGAGUUAACGAUCGAGGGGAAUAAUAUAUUCCCACAAACCAUUCUGUUUGAGAAACUAUCAUAAAAUGUACGGUAUAUAAUAUAUGACAACAUCUAACAUCUGGCUUGACAGAUCAAGUAAAGAAAUUAUCCGAAAGACUCUAUUAUGUUCCCAUUAUAAAAAUGUAAACUACAACAACACCCAAUAAAGAGCCCAAGUCAAAUAUGUUGACUUAUUUUAAAACUUUAGCUGAGCUUUAAGUUUUUGGAAUAAUUUUAUACUGAAGUUGAAUUGUUAAAGAUAGUGUGACUUCAUCCACAUGAUCUGAACAGUUCUACAUCAGUGUGUUCUAUUUUAUGACAUUGCCACUAGUUUCAAUAAGUUGGAUGUGAUCUCAAUUAUGACUGAGAUGUUAAUCUCUUGAUAUUGGGCUGGUGGAACACAGUUUCUCUGUGUGGACUGCAUCAGUUUCCCUCUCUACAGACACUGCAUAGUUUAGCUGGCUUGACUAGCGUGAACACAGUUUCUCUGUGUGGACUGCAUCAGUUUCCCUCUCUACAGACACUGCAUAGUUAGUUUAGCUGGCUUGACUAGCGUGAACACAGUUGUCUUGAACCAGAUGAAUAUAUUAGUCCAUGUAAUAAAACAAUUUGUUGUCCAAAAAUUUGCCUGAUUGCCUCUCAUUUUUUUGAUGUAUGUAAAAAGGGAAACAAUUCUAGAAGACAUCUAGCAGGCAUAUGUACAAUAGAAUUAAACAAACAUGUACAAGGGAAAUAACCAUACAUUUGUACAUAUAUUUGCAGAAGAUAUAAAUCUUUAAUUAAAUAAAAUAAAUGUUUGAAUUGAA